UGCCAUUGAUCCCUAUAAGACAGCCCCUCUGUACUGAUACAUUGUAGCGGACAGGACAGGGAGUCAGGGAGAGAUCCUGCCAGGCGGUCACUUCUAGUUUUCAGCCUUUGGCUACAAGACAAUUUCCAUUCACUGACAACAAGAAGAGAUCUUUACAAUUGAGCUAUUGUUAGCCUUAUGCUGUCGGGGCAGAGCCCAUCGUCCCCAUCAUGCGGCUGGUAAUACUUGACGACUAUGCCCUGGCGAGUGAGUGGGCAGCAAAAUACAUAUGUAAUCGUAUCAUCCAGUUCAAUCCUGGGCCAGACAAUUACUUCACACUCGGGCUACCCACAGGCAGCACACCAUUGGGAUGUUACAAAAAGCUCAUUGAGUAUCACAAACGCGGUGACCUUUCAUUUAAAUACGUGAAGACCUUUAACAUGGAUGAAUAUGUAGGAUUACCAAGGGACCACCCUGAGAGCUAUCACUCAUACAUGUGGAAUAAUUUCUUCAAGCACAUCGAUAUAGAUCCCAAUAAUGCUCACAUCCUGGAUGGGAACGCUGCUGACCUGAAAGAUGAAUGUGAAGAAUUUGAGAGAAAAAUCAAAGAAGCUGGUGGCAUCGAGCUGUUUGUUGGAGGUAUUGGCCCGGAUGGUCAUAUUGCCUUCAAUGAGCCAGGUUCCAGUUUGGUAUCCAGAACAAGACUCAAGACCUUAGCAAUGGACACCAUUUUGGCAAAUGCCAAAUAUUUCGACGGUGACCUUGCUAAAGUCCCAAUGAUGGCAUUAACAGUUGGCGUUGGGACAGUAAUGGAUUCCAAAGAGGUGAUGAUCCUCAUUACUGGAGCCCAUAAAGCUUUUGCGUUAAAUAAAGCUAUAGAAGAAGGUGUGAAUCAUAUGUGGACGGUGUCUGCCUUCCAGCAACAUCCUCACACUAUAUUUGUUUGUGAUGAAGAUGCUACCUUAGAACUUAGAGUCAAAACUGUGAAGUAUUUUAAAGGUUUAAUGCAUGUACAUAAUAAACUGGUGGAUCCGCUGCACAGCAUGAAGAAGAACUGAUGCGGAUGGCAGAGCGGCUGUGCAACUUUCCUGUAACCUGGUCCGCAAAACUGCACAAGUACUGUACUCUAGAGGUCCAAGCUCUGCUUUAGCCACGUGACAUUCCACACUCCUUCUCUGACCCUGGCACCAGCGGUGGCGUGUUAGGGUCAGCAAAUGUUGCCUUUUUAUUGUAUAAUGCAAAUAUAUUGCUACUUACAAACGUACUGAUUUGCUUUCGGACAUGUAUAUAGUCAGUGAACGUCUGCAGUGUUUACAUUAAAGCAAGGCGCUCUACCGGAGUCGCCGCUGCCGUUAGAUGAUAGCUUCUUUUGUUACAUUUUGUUUUAUAAUCACUUCGGUCUAUGAAGUGGUUGCUGUGCUGUGUACUUGAUGCAGCUUUCUAACGUCACCUACUGUCUUAUUCAACAAUGAACUGUUAAUAAAACCAUGGUUUGCA